CUCUUCGCCCUCCACGCGGACAAAAAAACUCCCAUAAUGCUUUGUUCAGCAUGGCUGCUACCUUGUGUCGGCGUGUGUGUAAGCUGUUGUAAUAUCAGCUAAGAGAAAAAACAAAGUGUUGUUUUCCUGAAUCGCUUUAAUUGCAUGCCAGUCUUUGAAUUACAAUCCGACUUUUAUCAAACAACGAAGAAAAGAUGAGGAUCAAGUCCAAGUCUUCAUAUCACAAAUCAGAGAACACCUACAGGUUUCUCACUUUUACUGAAAGACUUGCCAAUGUCAACAUUAAUGUCAUCCAUCGCAUUGACAGGACUGGAUCUCAUGCGGAGGAAGUAGAAACAUACUUUUCUGAGGGCGUGACAAAAUGGAGAGACCUCAACUUGACAGAGCAUUUCACAACAUUUUUGAAAGAGGUAUCCAACAAGAGCCAGUCAUUCAACAUGCUAGUUUUCCAUCAGAAGUUGAUAGUGGAGAGUCUGAAAACACAUCUGGCUGUCAAGAAUAGUCUGGCCUACCAACCGCUGCUGGACCUGGUGGUUCAGCUGGCCAGAGACCUGCAGACUGACUUCUAUCCCCACUUUCCUGACUUUUUCAUUCUCAUCACCUCACUGCUGGACACAAAGGAUACAGAGGUCCUGGAGUGGGCUUUCACCUGCCUCUCCUACCUCUACAAGUACCUAUGGAGGCUAAUGGUGACGGACAUGACCAACAUCUACAGUUUGUACAGCACAUUACUGGCACACAAGAAGGAGCACAUCCGCAAGUUUGCAGCAGAGAGCUUCUCUUUUUUGAUGAGAAAGGUUCCAGAUCUUGAUGCCCUGCUGACUCACGUGUUCUCAGACCUGCAGCAGCACCCCGAUAAGGCUGAAGGAGCUGGUCAGCUGCUGUUUGAGAUGUGCAAAGGAGUCAGAAACAUGUUCCAUUCCAGCGCUGCACAUGCUCUCCCUGUGGCUCUGCGUAAGCUCGGUCCAACAACCAACCCAGGUGUCUCUCUGCCUUGGGACUCUGUCAGGGAUGCUCUGGAUCACAUGGCCCAGGCUGCAGCCAAUCAUGUUGACAGAAAACACUUCCUGGUUUUAUGGGAGUCCCUGCAGAUCAGUGUGGUGGAGGUCUUUGAUGUUAUGGAGGCAAAGGGAGAGGAGGCAGGUCAAGCAACAGAGCAGCUGGAGAGGCUGCUGUUCAUUCUCCACACCCUGGUGUCCCACAGAGACGGAGCCAAGAUCACCAAGCCGGAGGAUGUCUGCCAGACAGUGUUGAGGCUGAUUGACAACUUGGCUCUGCCAGCUCCCUGUUCCCGCCUGCUCCUCCAGAUCAUCUCCUCUCUGCUCCUCGGGGGGAAUAUUAGCCUGCCCAAAUCACUCAUCCAGGAGACAGUCCAAAAGGUGUUUGGCAGCACAAUGGGGCGAGACCUGAUCUUAGAGUUCACCCAGGAGAUGUUCACCAUGAAAAAUUUUGAACAGCUUUUCCUCCCCAGCCUGCUACGUUUCACUGCUGGUUUGUUCAGUUGUGGCGAUUCCUUGUCUUGCCACUGUGGCCUGGAGGUUCUAGUCAGCCUGAUCCUUGCCAAAGCUCCACCCCCGACAGAUGGCUCCAUGGCCUUUGAAACCUACCCACUGCUCUUCACCGGACAGACCACAGGCAGUGUGUUUAGCAGUAGGGAGGCAAAUCAGGGGAGCAGUACAACAUCAGAGCAGCCAGCAGUGCCAGAGCUGGUACUGUCUCUGAUUAGAUAUCCUGAGGAGCAGACACAGUCCAUCACUAACCUGUCUCUGCCUUGGGCGGCCCUGGUGCUGCUGCCACACAUCAGACCUCUGGCCCCAGAUAGUGUUGUUCCUGCUGUGACUGCUCUCUUAAACCACCUCCUGUGUGAGAUUGAGACAGAGAAACUGGGCAAAGCUGGUCUUUUCAUUGCCAGACAGGCCCUGAGCUGCCUCCUCAGUCUGGAUGGCUCUGCCCAGCUUCUCUCACUGGUAACUGUGGACAAGAUCACUUCAAUCCUAAGAAAGUUUCCCAAAGACUUGUCUGCCUUGCUGCUAGGAGACCUCUACUAUACCCGCCUGUCACUCAGCGGUGUUUCAGAGUAUCUAUCCCACAGUGCACUGCUGGAGCUCUACCAGAUUCUGCACACCAACCUCUCCUCCAACAUCUCUAAGAUUCGUCUUUUGACUCUGAGGAUUCUCUCUCAAUUUGAAGCAGAGCUCCCUCCGCACACUGAGGUUGAGGAGAAUGUGGAGGUGCAGCCAGUGUUUGCAGUUUGCCUGCAGGCAGAGCUGGUGCCGGCUUCAGUGCAGGACUACAGAGACAAACUGCUUCACCUCCGGAAGCUGAGACACGACCUGGUGCAGCGCAGCCUACCAAAGGGGCUGCCCGACUCCUUCCAACAGGUGCCUCUGCGUUACCUCAUCGCAAUGCUGUUCAUAAACUUCAGGCCACUUUGGGAUGCAGUCAUUGAACUACUUGUGAGCCACGCCAGAGGGAUGGACAGCAAGGACUUCUGGGCGGUCUACCAUGAACAUCUGGAGAUGGCGGCAGGGCUGGCUGAAAAUGAACUGCAGGAGAAUGAUGAAGAUUAUGUUAGUAAUGAGGAGGAAGAGUUCAAUCAUCAGAGUGAGCCAGGCUGUGACAUCAUUGAAAGUGGAGAAGUGGGGGUGCUGUUCCUAGAGCAGCUGAAGUUGACCUGUGACCUCAAUGAGAGGACAGAUUUCCCCAACUUCCGCAGCCUGCUGUGGCGUGCCAUGGCACAGUUUCCUGACAGAGUGGAACCACGCAGCCGAGAGUUGAGUCCUUUGCUGCUCAGGUUCAUCAGGAAUGAGUUUUAUCCUGCCGACCUGCUGGUAGCCCCCACUCAGGACCUGAGGAAGAGGAAUGAUUAUGGGCUAGAGGAUUCUGGCAUGUCUGUGGAGGAAGAGGAGGAGACAGAAGAAGAGGAGCAGUAUGUGGAGGAAAGAGGCCGACAGAAGAGGAAGGCACUUCCAAGGAGAGCUGCUGCCAAACAGCUGAUUGCCCAUCUGAAAGUUUUUACCAAAUUCACCAACCCUCGUGCUCUCUACCUGGAGGGAAGUCUUAGGGAGCUCUAUAACCAGUUGCUCUGCCAUCAGGACCAGCAGAUUCAGCAAGUGGUGCUAGAUUGUGUUCUCACAUACAAAGACCCCAACAUAGUACCAUACAAGGAGAAUCUUGAGAGGCUACUGAAUGACAAACACUUCAAGGAGGAGAUUGUCCAUUUUAACAUUUCUGAGGAGGCAGGAGUGGUGGAUGCUUCACACAGAGCCAAAUUGAUCCCACUUCUUAUGAGGAUCCUGUUUGGGCGUCUGUGCAGUAAAGCAGGUAGUAAGUUCCAGGGGAAAGCCACUGCCGCCUCCCGGUCUUCGAUCAUUCUGCGUUUCCUGGCAGGUUGCCAGGCUGAGGAGCUGGGAAUGUUCAUCGACCUGCUGCUCGAGCCCGUCUGCCAUCACAGCCAAGGUUCCUGUCUGGCAGCAGUGGAGAGGGCAGUUGCUGAGACAGACGUUGGUGCCGUCCUGCCACUGGGCCGUCAGCAAAGCCUGCUGAACAUCAUCAAUAUGGUGAUCCAGAAACUGGGCCACCUCAUCCACAUCUACCUGCCCAAAGUGCUGCAGAUCCUGCUAUGUGUCACCGCCUCUGUGUCCACCAUCUUGAACAACAGGGACCAGCUGAGGGCAGGUUGCAUCAGUCGUUUGAAGAACCUAAGGCGACUCGGCAUUCUGCGAAUCCAGGACUUUUUUGACGGGUUUGACUUUUACAGCUUUAGUUCAGACGAGCUGGAUGCUGUCUUUCAGGCUGUGGUCUGGCCUCAGGUGUGUCGUCUCCCCACAGAGAGCUCCUACUCACCGACCCCUCUGCUCAAACUCAUCCAUGUGUGGUGCAAAAAUGCCAGGUACUUCCCUCUUCUGGCCAGGCACAGACCAGACCGACCAGAGUGUGGUGUCCUCCUAAAUGUCUUUGGCCUCCUCUCUGCCAAGAACGCUUCCCCAGCGACCAUCUCCAUGGUAAUGGACAUAGCUGAGUCUCUAUCAACAACAGCAGACUUUAUUGCCUCAGAGACAGAGACAGGGCUGAGCAUCAACAACAGUGUGUUCCCGCAGCCUUGGGAGGGUGCUCUUGUCACGGCAGAUUCAUUAACUCAGGGCUCCAGACUGCUGCAGCCUCACAUCUCCACUCUGCUGCAGUACCUCAGUGGAGUUGUACGCAACACUGACAGGCUCAAGAAAAAAAAGUUCAGGGCGCAGGUGGCCAAGGAGCUCAACAUCCUCUCCAAGGUCAGUCGAUUUGUGAGCGACAAGGAGCAGUGCUCAGUGCUCAUCAGCCUGUUGCUGCCCUACCUCCAGAAGGGCACCAACCCUCAAGAGACAGAAAUUGACAUCUUGGCCACCAUACAAAACUUGCUGCGACAGUGUGUGCAGCCCUCUGCCUUCCUGCGCCCUCUCAGCAAACUCUUCUCCAUCAUCCACAACAAGCUGCCCAGGCAGGCCCUCACUGCUGUCUUCCAGGCUCUGUCAGAUCUGGACCCUUCACUCACAUAUAUCACUGAUUUAGCAACAAAGCUCAACGCGUUUGACAGUCGACACUUGGAUGAGAUCUACUUUGACCUGCGUCUGACAGCUUUUCAAGAAGCUACCAGGCAGGUCAAAGACAUGCAGACUCUGGAUCUGGACUACAUCAGCACCAUCAUACACAACUGUUUCCACACCUAUGAGAUUGGUGACAUUUCGCUGGCUGACAAUGCCACCUUGUGUCUGUCUGCGGUGAUCAUCCAGCUGGCAGCGGUCAGAGCUGGAGAACAGAUCUACAAGGACAUUAUACAACACACCAUCCUGGAUGCUGUACACAAGGGGCUCCGCAGCAAAACAAGGAGUGUGCAGCAUGAAUACACCACUGUGCUAGCCUGCCUGGUGAAGACCUUUCCCUCCAAAAAAGAGUUCAUAGAGCUGGUGCAGCUCACAGACUACAAUGAUCCUGAGUCUGACUUCUUUGAGCACAUGAAGCACAUCCAGAUCCACCGUCGGGGACGUGCGCUGAGGAAGUUGGCCAAGCAGCUGACUGAGGGCACAGUGGUGAUGACAUCUCGUUCCCUACAGAAUUAUAUAAUGCCGUAUGCCAUGACUGCCUUGCUGGAUGAAAAGAUGCUCAAGCAUGAGAAUAUGACAUCAGCGUCGGUGGAGGUGGUGGGCGCAGUGUGUCGCAGGCUGACCUGGUCCAAGUACCUGUACUACCUUAAACAUUUCAUCCACAUCCUGCAGACUGCACAGGCUGAGCAGAAACUGGCUGUCAGUUUGCUAGUCACAGUCCUGGAGGCUUUCCAUUUUGACCACCAGACCCUCAGCAGAGAAAUGGAGGCAGCUAACACCAGAGAAGAAAUGGAAAACGAUGGUGUCUUAGAGAAAGAGGCCACCACUCAAGCCAAGGGACCAAUAGCUCCUAAACCUACUGCAGUGGCCAGCGGGCUGCCACAGAGCAAAGAGGAGCUGGAGUCUCUGAUCAGCACCAUCCACCAGACUGUUAAUGACAGCGUGCUGCCCCGCCUGCACAAGUGUCUCACUGCAAAGGUGAAACGUGACGAGGAGCACAAGGCGGCGAAGUCAAAGGAUGUUAAGGAUGAGGAGGUGGUGAGGAUACCGAUAGCCUUCGCAAUGGUUAAAUUGAUGCAGACUCUGCCUCCACACAUCAUGGAGGCCAAUCUGCCCGGGAUCCUGAUCAAGGUGUGUGUCCUGCUGAGGAACCGUUUCCAGGAGAUACGUGAUGUGGCAAGAGGAACACUGGUGAAAAUCAUUGAGACGCUGGGCUGCAGAUACCUGCAGUACCUGCUCAAAGAGAUGCAGGGCAUCCUGGUCAAAGGUUACCAGGUUCAUGUGCUAACAUUUACAGUGUACCAGUUGCUGUCUGCCCUCAGUCCAACCCUAAAGAGUGGUGACCUGGACCCAUGCAUGAACAUGCUCAUCGAUGUCUUCAACAACGAGCUGUUUGGGGCUGUGGCUGAGGAGAAGGAAGUGAAGGGGAUUGUCUCCAAGCUGAUGGAGGCUCGACACAGCAAGAGUAUGGAUUCCUGCGAGCUGCUAGGCCAGUUCUGCAGCAGGGAGAGCAUCACCAAGCUCAUAUUGCCACUAAAGGCGAUACUGGAGACUUCAUCCUGUUUGAAGGUGUGUAACCGGGUGGGUGCUGUGCUGCGGCGACUGGUCCUGGGUCUGCUUGUCAACAGGGGCAUGACUCCUCAGGAUAUCUUACUGCUGAGCCAUGGCCUGGUCAGCCAGAGUCUGCCACUGCUAACCAAGAGAGACCGAGAGAAAGCCUUGGCACAGGUUCCUCCUGACCCCAGAGUGCCCCCUCCCAACUGCCUGCUCCUGCAUCCGAUCCCAAAGAGAGGGGGCCAGAAAGCUCCUGUCAGCAGCCGAACCAACAUGCACAUCCUGGUGGAUACUGGCCUAAAGCUGCUCCACCUGAGUCUGAAGAAAUCCAGAGUGACGUCAUCUGAGGCCUCAGCUUUAGAGAUGCUGGACCCUUUCGUACAGCUGCUGCUCAACUGCCUACACUCCAUGCAUGUAAAGGUGAUCACAGAGGCUCUGGUGGCAUUCACCUGGCUUUUGAAGUUCCCUCUACCAGCAGUAGAGCAGAACGCAGACCAGCUGACCAAGCAACUCUUUGUCCUGCUGAAGGAUUACUCCAAGGCUGGAGCUGCUCGUGGGGAGAACUACCACCUGGUCCAGAACUGCUUCAAGGCUAUCACCAUAGUAGUGAAGAAUGUCAAAAGCAACAAGAUCUCUGAGACGCAACUGCAGGUGCUGUUGGGAUACGCUGAGGAGGAUCUCUACGAUCAGUCUCGCCAGGCCACUGCCUUCGGCCUUCUGAAGGCAAUUCUGUCCAGGAAGCUCGUAGUUCCAGAGAUGGAGGAAGUGAUGAAAAAAAUUGCCAAGCUGUCUGUCAACGGCAGCAAUGCUAUGAUCAGAAUCCACUGUCGACAGAUCUAUCUGAAGUACCUGCUAGACUACCCACUGGGGAGGAAACUGAGAGGGCACCUGGACUUUGUGGUGGCCCAGCUGCACUAUGAGCAUGACACAGGGAGGGAGUCCGUGCUGGAGAUGCUGGCAUUCAUCUUCCAGACUUUCCCUAAGAACCUGCUGUUAAAGCACAGUGGCCUGUUCUUUGCCCCCCUGGCCCUGGUCGUGGUCAAUGAUGACUCCGCACGCUGUAAAAAAAUGGCCGCCAUGGCCAUCAAGGCCCUGCUGACCCAGUUGGACUUGAACCACCAGAACACCUUGUUCUCCCUCGUCAACACCUGGCUGAAUGCAGAAAAGGCCAGCCUGCGGCGUCUUGGGGCUCAGAUUUGUGGUUUGUUCGUGGAGGUGGAGGAGGAGAAGUUUGCCCGUCGACUGGACGACCUGCUGCCUGUGCUGGAGAGAGCGAUCAACCCUGACAACUAUGAAGAUAUUGAAGAGGAGCAGGAUGAGAAGGGAGCAGAUAGGCUGUUGUUCAGUUAUCUGACUCUUAUCACCAAACUCAGCAAGCACUGCGGCCUGCUGGAGCUCAGCAAGCCUCACGACACACUCUGUCAUAUCUGGGGUCACAUUGAAGCCCAUCUGCGGUACCCUCAUUGCUGGGUGUGGCUGACUGCCUCACAGCUCUUUGGCCAGCUGUUUGCAGCCCAGCGGGCAGAACAACUGGUCACCAUUUGGAGAGGAGAGGGUGGAGAUGCUUCAUCCAAGUCAGCAGCCACAGCCUUCAUCACCAGCAACCUGGACAAGAAGAUGAGAGAGUUGGCGUUAUCAUUCUGCCAUCAGUUACAGUCAAAGUUCUUGGACACAGCAUCAGGAGAGCAGGUGAUCAAGAACCUGCUGUUCAUCGGCAAGAUGAUCUACCUCAUAUCCUCUGACUCUGACAUAACUUCCCCUCAGGAAGAAGUGAAAGAAGAGGAUGAGCAGAGGGAGAAUGGAGUUGAAGAGGAGGGAGAAAGAGGGGAGGAGAACGAAAAGGAAGAGGGGGAAGACGAGGAAGAAGAGGAUGAAGAUUACAAGGAUAAUCGACCUCCUUCUCUGCUGUGGUUGAUGAAGAAGCUGUCUCUGAUGGCCACGAGAGAGGCAGCGCACACUCCCAAAGUUCCCCUUAAGAGAACGUGUGUGUUUAAGUUCCUGGGAGCAAUAGCCAUGGACAUGGGGGAGGAACAACUUGGCCCCUAUCUGACCAUUAUCAUCACUCCUCUGUACAGAGAGCUAGACAGCACGUAUGCAGACCAAGAUCCCACACUGAAGAACCUGGCACAGGAGCUGAUUGAGCUGCUGAGGAGACAAGUGGGGCUGGAGAGAUUUUCACUGGCCUUUUCUGCUGUCCAGAAGGAGUUUUCAGAGAGGCGAGCAGCACGUAAAAGACACAGAGCCAUGCAGGCGGUAGCUAACCCAGACAUCGCUGCCAAGAAGAAACUCAAGAAGCACAAGAACAAAAUCGAAGCAAAGAAGAGGAAGAUUGAGUUCCUACGGCCCGGAUAUAAAGCUAAGAAGCAUCGGAGCCAUGCCCUUAAAGACCUGGCCAUGGUGCAGUAAGCCAUGUAAUGGCUACAUGUGUUUAUCAAGGGCGCUCGGUGGGGAUCAAAGCUGGUCAGGUGACCUGGUAAAGUGACGCCUUCUCAUUUAGCAGAUACUUCUUGGCUAACUGGCUGCAGAUUAUGUAACUUUUAUUUAUUAUUGUACUUAAUAUAUCAGUUGAAAAAGAAAACUGCAUUGAGCCAUGAAAGUCAGAAAUGUGAUGUUUCUUGCUGGUGGUUUGCUGAGUGUGAAGAACAAGGAGGGUGUAAAAAGCGGUAAUAACGCAAUUCAUCUUUUCUGUUCAACAUCCUUGUUUGUGUUAAAGGAAUUAGUUAUAAGACAUCAUAUUACAGAUGUUCCACAGCAGGACAUCUCUGUAUCACUAAUGACAUCAAUUUUUUCUGAAUUGCAGAUCAAAGCUGAAAUGUAUUUUUAUAUUCCUGCUGUGAACACGGUGUAGAAUUGUGCUUAGAUUUAUAACCUGUUUUGUUAAAUGUAUGUUUUGUAAUUAAAAAAGACCCAACAUUUUUACUGAUAAUUUGUUGUGGUCUUCGCACAGUAUAUUACAAUUAGACAGUUAAAAAGUUUACAUGGUAAUGGUACAAUCACUGAUAGCAGUAUUUACUGAGAAUCAUUUUGUGUACAAGCAGAUUUAAAUAUGCCACCAUAUGCCAAAACUGCACUAAAGGAUUUCAGUGGAAAAAGGCUUUAACCAGUACAUUAUUUUUUUUAAAAGUGGUAACAACACAAAUGCACAGGAGGGAAAAGUACAAAUCCAUGUCAUGGCAUUUGCCCGACUAUAUUACAAAAGCAGCCCAGUCUGCAGUGACACUUAGCUAGUGGACAUGUAAUCUUUUUUUCACAGUUUGAAGCCAAAUUCCUUUUACUUUGCCAUUUCAUACAGGUCAGCAAUCCAAAAUUGGAUUUCAUGUUUGCUGCACUGAACAUUGAACAUUCAAUGCUGUAUGGCUAGUCCAGCACACUAAAAACCAGCAGCUGAUUCUCAGUUAUAAUGUCUCCUCGUCUCUGGUUUGUGCUUUUAUGUGAAAAUUCUGCCUCCUGGUGGAUCUUCACAGCAUAUUUUUGCUGCCCUUAAUGCCGAUCAAGUACUAAUCAUUAUCUGGCUUAACGACAUGCAAAUUACUCAAUUUCCCUUUAGGAAAAUAUUAGCUGAAGCUAAUUUAUGCAAUGUCCAAUGAAGACGCCUACUUUCAGAAAUGCUACACAGGAGUGGACAGGCUUUUCAUAGAGCCGCAUUUAUUGAUUCCUCAUAAUCCAUGAUAACUUAUUUCAAUGUUGACAAUUGCAAAUGGAUUCAUAAAAUUAGCAAAGUUUGACAUGUUGGUUCACGGGUGUUAUUCAACUAUCAAAUGAAACUGCACAUGCAUUGCCAAAACAUACAAAAAUGUAAAUACUGCGGAUUAACUGUUGCCCCUUCAUCACUGCAAUCCUCCGGCUCUCUAAAACUUUCACCUGGGCGUAAAGUAUGUGUGUUUGUGUGUCCAGACGUUACUGCAACCCUCGCUUCUCAGUACCAGGCUUUAAAGGCAAUAAGAGGGCUUGGCCAAGGCUUGAUGUGGGGAAAGGAGGGCAGGAGUGCAAUCGCUGGUCCAAAGGAAAGUGGGACAUGGGGAGGGGAUCAGUCACAAAGAUUCAUACAGAAAGGUCAAAGGUC